AUGAAACCCCAAAAGAAAAGCAUCCGGGACUUCUUCUCACCAGUUUCCAGAACCCCUCCGCCUGCUGCUAACCCGCAAACCACGCUGCCUCAGAGAAAUGCAAACAAUGUGCCUGCCCGUCAGUCAAACCCUCCGAAUUCGUUUGGAGGGCCACAGGACGCAAACUCACAUGCCGUCCAUACCCCGCUUUCCUCGUCAAACCCACCGGUGUCCAGCGCGCCUUCUACAAUGAGAGCUGCGAGUGCCGAUGCGCCGCCCUUCAACCCCUCUCAGACAUCGGCGAACUCGGGCGCAAGUAAGCGCACCACAUCGAAUGGCCAGCAGGUGGUUCUCGACUCGGACGAUGAUUCUCUCCCAGACCUUGACUUUGGUUUACCCACCCCCAAAGUCAAGACCAUCGUCACGACCACCACGACCACCACCACACGUUCUAAGCGCAUGUCCGAAGACCAAGAGAACGGUCUACAAAAGCCAACCAAGAAGGCCAAGGAUAACAAGACCAAAUUCGAUACACUUCUAAAGACAGCCCAGAAGAAUCGCGAGACAGAGUUGCAGAUCCAAGAGCACAGCGCGCUUCUGGACCAGUCCCUUGAAGAACAUACAGAUACCACCCUGGCGCUCAACGAGGAACUACUUGGCCAAGUUGUAGACGAUGACGACGACGACCCAGAGAGAGCGCAUCGCCUCCUUCAGGCCAUGCAGAGAACGAAUGCUACACAAAUGCAGAGCGUCUACUGUUUCUUCCAAGACGAUUCAGACUCAAAACGAGUGGAGCCCAAAUUCCCUAUCAAAAGCCUGCCUCAAUGUAGAUGGUCCUCGAUCUUCAAAGACUCUCGCGCCAGAGAUCAGGCUUUCAUGACCGGCUUCGCACAACAAAUCUUCCGACUACAAGAACUGCCCCAAGAGCUAGCUUCUUGGAUGAUUGAGUACAUAUCCCAGAGCCGGAAUGAGGCACUUAGUUGCAGAUACAUCGAGAUCUUGGAAUCAGAACCUCACAACAAGCACGUCCGCACGCUACUUGAUAAUGACAGGCUAGAUUCUUUGUUCGGGGCAAUGGGGGCCAAUACAACACACCUUAAGGCGCAUACUGAAGUAGUCCCGAUCUUUGUGCCGCGAACCGAAACCAAAGUCUUGCUUCCUCCGUCAUUGAUCUCUGUCGCCAGACUACUUCAAAAAGCAGCGCCAUUGCUACAUUCGAAAGUUCGAAGGCGCGCACUCUUGAUACUUUGCCACGUUUGUCUAGAUGACCGAGUCAUUGCAGAUGCUCACACAUUACACGCCAUCCAGGACGCUAUGGAAGCUCUCAUAUGCAACUUUGAUAAUCACAAAAUGACCUCCACCGUAGGGUGUUCUCCACCACACCACGAUAUCCAGGCUCUAAUCUCUUCACAGCUUAACGAUAUCAUCUCUGAACUACUUAUAAAAGUAACGCAUCCUCUGCUUCAAAGGAACUUAGUCAGGUCUUUCCCAACGACUUCUCCAUUGACGGCAUAUCUACAACGUCACCUGGCCCUCGCAUUAUUAAUCUACCCAGUACAAGUCGACGUAGAACUUUCAGAUCCCAAGGUGCCCGACAUGAUUCACAGAUAUCUGGAGAGGUCUUCGAAGUUCCAAAUAGAUAAGGAUACCGACUACGAACACCUCACCGCACGCUUGACUCUGCUUGAUAUUGCCAUUGGGCCUGGUCUAUUGAACGUCCCGUAUCAACCCCUAUCAAGUCCAAUAACGUCGGAAUUCGGCUCGUCUCCAGUCAGAGCUCCAGUACCAGCGUCAUCUGAGGUCAAAGAUUUCAACAACGAGGUGGAUGCGCUUGCUCGGCAGUUCCAGCUCCUCAGCAACUCCAUCGUUGAGGCUGGCGCUGCGGUGGAUCUUACCAUCAUGGACGCCAAAGAUUCUAUAGAGAGGCUACGCGCAAGACUAGAGCACGCUGUGCGGAUAGGCGGGAAGAAGGUCUACAACGUCUUUGGUGAUGAAGAUGAACGCACACAGCCAAAUCUCAGAAGGUUCUUCAAAAGCACGAGCAAAGACGCGCCGAAGAAGUCUAUCUUUGACGAAGAGGACGACGUAGCGGUCUCACUCGCCAAUGCUUCCAGAGCCUGA